AGAAAUAAAAAGUGGGAUCAGAGAGGGUCGUUCUUCCGCUGCUGUUUUACUUAGGACGUUUAUCACAUUAAAAAUCGGCUGUCCGUUUGACGGGCAAUUAACAUACAACUAUGGCUCUAUUGUCUCUACGAUUAGCUACAUCGGUGGCAAAACAUUUUCCCAAUGCCACUGUCCAGAUUCAUUGGCCAGCAAGCACCCUCGCUACUCGCAAGUACCAUGUCUCAUGCAGCCGAAGAUCGGCCGAAAUUUCUUCCAUCUUGGAAGAACGUAUCAUGGGAUCAGCUCCAAAGGCUAAUCUAGAAGAAACUGGCCGUGUAUUGAGUAUUGGAGACGGUAUUGCCCGUGUGUAUGGUUUGAAAAAUAUUCAAGCCGAUGAGAUGGUGGAAUUCAGCUCAGGAUUAAAGGGUAUGGCUUUGAACUUAGAGCCUGACAAUGUUGGUGUUGUCGUAUUCGGUAAUGAUAGACACAUUAUGGAGGGUGACAUUGUCAAACGUACGGGAGCUAUCGUAGACGUUCCAGUUGGUGAUCAACUUUUGGGACGUGUUGUUGAUGCUUUGGGUAACCCCAUUGAUGGUAAAGGUCCAUUAAACAGCAAGUUGAGGUUCCGUAUUGGUACCAAAGCUCCUGGCAUUAUUCCUCGGGAGUCAGUAAGAGAACCUAUGCAAACUGGUAUCAAAGCUGUAGAUUCAUUGGUACCAAUUGGUCGUGGUCAACGAGAGUUGAUCAUUGGUGAUAGGCAAACUGGAAAAACUGCCUUAGCUAUUGAUACUAUUAUCAAUCAGAAACGUUUCAACGACGCUGGUGAAGAGAAGAAAAAGUUGUACUGUAUUUAUGUUGCUAUUGGUCAAAAGAGAUCUACUGUUGCCCAAAUCGUGAAACGAUUAACAGACAGUGGAGCCAUUAACUACACCAUUAUUGUAUCAGCUACAGCUUCUGAUGCUGCUCCUCUACAGUACCUUGCUCCUUACUCUGGCUGUGCCAUGGGUGAAUUUUUCCGAGAUAACGGAAAGCAUGCUCUUAUCAUCUAUGACGAUUUGUCAAAACAAGCUGUAGCCUACCGUCAAAUGUCUCUAUUGCUGAGACGACCUCCCGGUCGUGAAGCUUACCCUGGUGAUGUUUUUUACCUUCACUCGCGUUUACUAGAGAGAGCAGCUAAGAUGAACGAAUCUCUUGGUGGUGGUUCUCUUACUGCCUUACCUAUCAUUGAGACUCAAGCCGGAGAUGUGUCUGCUUACAUUCCCACCAAUGUCAUUUCAAUUACUGAUGGUCAAAUCUUCUUGGAAACUGAAUUGUUCUACAAAGGUAUAAGACCUGCCAUCAAUGUCGGUCUUUCCGUAUCUCGUGUAGGAUCAGCUGCUCAAACUAAAGCUAUGAAGCAAGUCGCUGGUUCCAUGAAGCUUGAAUUGGCUCAGUACCGUGAAGUAGCUGCUUUCGCCCAAUUCGGUUCAGAUUUGGAUGCUGCCACACAGCAACUUCUUAAUCGAGGUGUUCGACUUACUGAGCUUCUUAAACAAGGACAGUAUGUCCCAAUGGCUAUUGAGGAGCAAGUAGCCGUUAUCUACUGUGGUGUCCGUGGAUACCUCGACAAAAUGGACCCAAACAAAAUCACAGCUUUUGAAAAAGAAUUCCUUGCUCACAUCAGAGCGUCUCACAAGGACCUUACCGCUACCAUUGCCAAGGAAAAUGUCAUCAGUGAAGCUUCUGAUGCCAAACUUAAGAAAAUUGUCACCGAUUUCCUUGCUUCCUUCAAUGCGUAAACAAAUCAUGUAAUGGUCAACAUCAAUCAGAUUGUUAAUAGCUAGUUUCCGACCAUAGUGUCGUCAAGCUGUGCAAACGUUAACGUGCAAAUCAAAUGGCUCAAGUAUUUACUUACUAAAAGUAACAAAAAUGCACAGCUAUUGACAUCAAUGCACGUUCACGUUUUCUAUAAAUGUUAUUAAAAAAUGAUUCAUACAUCCUACGUACGCGUCUUUAUAAAAUAAUAAAAAAUGAUAGUCGAUAAAAUACAAUUAAGUGGAAGUUACGCGUUCGGUCUUAAUAAAGUAUAUUAUCUAAAAACAGUUAGUGUAAUUUAUAUGAAAAAAAAACAAA